AUGCUGAAGGACGAGUCUCGCAACCAAUUAGAUACCGGACCUGUGUUGCCAGAUGAAGCUAGAGCAGGAUUCGGGGAGUUAAAAGGAUGCUUUUACAGGAGCACGCUUCUUAGGCAUUUCAAUUCAAACUUGAUUAAAUUAGAAACAGAUGCGCCGGGAUUCGCAAUGAGCGCGGUAAUAUCCCAACUGCAGAGGGGUAACCGGUAUUGGCGUUCUAUCGCAUUCUUUGCUAGAAAGAUGACCUACCCAGAAAGGAACUAA